AUGACUCGAUGUCUCGACGGCCAUGCCUUAUGCAAGCAGUCUUGUGCAUUUGGGUUCGAGUAUUUUUCGCGUUUCGCUCACAUCCAGCGUCAUGGCGCCUGCUUCCUCUCGAUUUCUCGGCACGGGUGUUGCCCUCGGCCUUGCCGGUGCCUUUGUGGCGCCUUCUCGACCGCAAGCGGAGCCCCAGUCUCGGGCGCCCGUGACCCGCACCCCUUCCGCCGCGCCGACCGGGACGACCGGGACGCUGGCAACCUUGGCUGCGGCAUCCGUGACCUUGGCGGCCUUUGGCAAGACCCAACUCAAUCUACGGCUGCAAAGGACAUCGCCGUACCGGCUCCCUUCCAGCCUUCCAAGCAGUUCGGCGCAACUGAGCCUUUGGGCUUCUUUGAUCCGCUUGGGUUCACUGCGGUGGGCGACGAGAGGGGCUUCCGCAAGUUGCGAGUCUCGGAGAUCAAACAUGGGAGAGUGGCGAUGAUGGCGUCUAUCGGGCUGGUUGGUCAGCAUUUCCUGAAGUUCCCAGGCUUCGAGCAGUCCCCGGCUGGCUUCUCCGUGAUGGGCAGGGGCGAGGGUGUGCUGGGCUUCUUCGGCAUCUUCCUGCUCUGUGCUCUCUUGGAGCUGGCUUGGCGAGAGGAGCCUGGCAGCGACAGGGAGCCGGGCAACUAUGGCGACCCUUUCGGCGUGAACAUGUACAACGACGAGAUGAGGAUGAAGGAGCUGAACAACGGGCGCAUGGCCAUGAUUUCCGUUCUGGGUAUCUUUGCGGCGGAGAUGGCAACGGGCAAGGAUGCCAUGCAGCAGUUCGGUCUUCCUGCACUGGGUGCGGGGCUUGCCUCGUCAGCCUCAGCAUCCCGAAGCAGCUUUGCAGGAAGCAGCUCUUCGCGAGUGGCAGCUCAGCAGAACAUCCUGCGCCGAGCGGAAGCCGUGGUGGAGGACGUACUGCCUCCCUUCCAGCCCUCCAAGCAGUUCGGCGCAACUGAGCCUUUGGGCUUCUUUGAUCCGCUUGGGUUCACAGCGGUGGGCGACGAGAGGGGCUUCCGCAAGUUGCGCGUCUCGGCGCAGUUUGAAUCGCCAGGCCUGAAGACGGGCAUCUCGAUUCUCCUGCACACUUUGCGUGAUUUGUUCCUGUAA